CUCGCAAGGCCCCAUUACCUUUGACGCGUAAUCGUCGACGGUAGAACGACGAACCCAGCCCCUGAACUGCCAUCACCGACGAUGGCUCGAGUCUUUCUACCAGGUGGUGAACAGCCGCAUAAGAACUCGAAGGGAACCAAAUAAAAGUUGACCAGGACAGAUCACCGUGACAAUUCUCGACCCAUCUUCACACACCACCGUCCCCUACAACUCCCUUCCAAAUCAAACGCCAUACCUGACCAGAAACCAAUUCAAUCAACCCCAUCAACCUAAAACACCACAACCACCACAGCACCGAAAAGCAUACAAUGUCCACGCCGUCCGCAACCCCAACCACCGCCCCAUCCUCGUCUCACCCAUCACCACAACCAACCUGCACGACCGCCAUCCCGGACAGCAGAGGCUACGUUCCUCCCACAGCCUGCAACGCACACUACGGCUUCUACCCGAGCUGGGAGUGGAACCUGGUGUUUGCCAUCGCCUUCUUCCUAGCGUCGCUCCUGCACAUCGCGCAGAUGCUGGCGCACAAGAAGUGGUUCUGCUGGGUCGUCGUGAUGGGCGCGCUGUGGGAGUACGCCUGCUUCCUGUUGCGCACGCUGGGCGCGUUCGAUCAGCAGAAUGUCAUGUUUGCGACGGUGUCGACGAUGUUGUUUCUUUUGGCGCCGUUGUGGAUCAAUGCGUUCGUAUACAUGGUUGUCGCCAGGCUGGUAUACUUCCUCCUCCCGCCCUCGUCGCAGCGCAUCCUCGGCUUGUCGCCUCGCUGGCUGGCAAAGGUGUUUGUUGCUGCCGAUGUGGUCUCGUUUUUCAUCCAGGCGGCUGGCGGAGGCAUGCUUGCGGACCAGGACGGUGGAGACACGGCCGAGACGGGCCAGCGCGUGUACAUGGCUGGCAUCGGGGUUCAGCUGCUCUUCGUCGUCUUGUUUGUCGUGGUGACGGCCCUGUUCACCCGGCGACUGGAGCGCUUGAUGAAGGUUGGCCUGUUGGAAGUGAGCUGCGAUCCGGCUUUGAUCAGACACUUGGUGUGGUCUGUCUUCGGGGUUAUUGUUUUAAUCGUGGUCCGAAUUGUCUUCCGCUUUGUCGAGUUCAGUGGCGGCGUUUCUGCCUCCAAUCCCAUCCUGGCCAACGAAGCUUAUCAGCUAGGCCUUGAUGCCUUUCCGAUGCUUAUCGCGCUCCUUGUCAUGAAUGCGGUGCAUCCUGGAAAGGUUCUCAUCGGUCCCGAGAGCAGUUUCCCGAGAACGUUGCCACGACGCUGGAAGGUCAAGUCGAGGAAUGGCUCUGGAUAUCAGGGGAUGGAUACGUCUAGUCUGGAGUUGAACGCUAGAAGUCGGCAGGCUGAACAGUCUGACGGCGUGUAGGACAGGUCACUGGCCUGGGCCCAGGGGUUAUUCAGGGGUUGCUCCGUAUAAGAGAAUGGAGUCAAAGUAUCGAGAUAGAGCUUAGGUUCCCGGGAACGGUUAACACCUCAAAGAAAUAAAGGAACUGUGUAUUUGUUGUCUCUUUCCUCUCUAGACCCGUACGCAGUGAGGAAGGACUGCCAGCAAUUCCCUUCUUCCACCAA